UUUGAUCAAAUAGUUCUCGCAUCAUUUCGUAAGUAACGACAGACCUGUGCACACGUUAUUCUUCAAAUUGUAGAACGCCAAAUUUUCGGUGUCGAAGUAAGUUCAUUAUUAUUUUUUUCUCCUCUAUUGAGGAAUUAAAAAUAGUUAGUUAAAAAUGACUGGCAUCGAAAUUUUUUGUGGCAUCGUCGCGGUGCUUCUUCUACUUUACUACUAUUCCAUCUCAACUUACAACUUUUGGAAGAAACGCGGUGUUCCUGGACCGGAACCCAUACCGUUUUUUGGCAAUGUCGUCAGAAUGAUGUUCUCCCAUUUGUCGAUGGGUCAAUACAUGCGGGAAGUGUACGAAAAAUAUAAAUCCGAACCUGCGAUUGGCCUAUUUAUAAGAAGACAACCAGUAUUGGUUUUAAACAAUCCUGACUUAAUCAAGACAGUCCUUAUCAAAGACUUCGCGAAAUUUUCAGAUCGUGGAGUUACUAUCAAUGCAGUGGCGGAACCACUUACGCAGCACUUGUUUGCUCUGGAACCAGAAAGAUGGCGACCGUUGAGAACGAGACUCUCGCCAUUAUUCACGUCUGGCAGACUGAAGGAAAUGUUCUUCAUGAUCGUCGAUUGCGCAAAUAAUCUUGAGAAACAUUUGGAGAAAGUGGCAGUAAAAUGUGAUCCUAUCGAUUGCCGAGAUUUGGCAGCCAGAUACACUAUGAACGUUAUUGGAAGCUGUGCCUUUGGAAUUGACAUGAACUGUAUGUCGAACGAGGAAUCGACAUUUCGUAAAGUGGGAAAAGAAUUCUUCACUAACUCGUAUAUGCGAUUGAUAAGAGGUAGACUACGAGAAAUUACGCCACAGUUGUACACCUUGCUUGGACGCAUAUUACCGCAUCCCUAUGGAACUGACUUCUUUAUCGAUAGUGUUCUGAACAUGAUAGAGUACAGAAAGAAGAAUAAUAUCGUCAGAAACGAUUUCAUCAACACUUUGAUGGACAUCCGGGAUCAUCCUGAGAAGCUGGGUGACAUCGAAUUAACGGAUUCUCUACUCGCUGCGCAAGCAUUCGUCUUCUUCAUUGCUGGUUUUGAAACUUCAUCAUCAACAAUCAGUAACGCACUUUAUGAACUGGCCUUGAAUCAGGAUAUACAAGACAAAUUGCGGAGCGAGAUCAAGGAACAUCACGAGAUUAAUAACGGAGAAUGGCACUAUGAAAAUAUAAAAGCUAUGCCAAUUCUAGAUGGCGUAUUUAAAGAAACGCUGAGAAUGUACCCACCAGUGCCAUUUAUUACUAGGAAAUCAGUCGACGACUAUACUUUUGCAGACUUGAAAUUUUCGAUUCCAAAAGGUGUAUCUGUGUUUAUACCCUUGUAUGGAAUACACUACGAUCCGGACAUUUAUGCAAAUCCUGAAACUUUUGACAUUAGUCGAUUUAUGGGUGACGCAGAGUCGAAGAGACAUCCAAUGCACUAUUUACCAUUUGGCGAUGGCCCAAGGAAUUGCAUUGGUGCACGAUUCGCAGUCUUCCAAACGAGAAUUGGGCUUAUAAAGAUACUUCGUAACUAUAAAGUUGAUAUCUGCGAGAAAACUGUCAUCCCAUAUGAAGUUAAUCCACGAACCUUUUUAUUAGCUCCAAACCAUCCCAUCACUUUGAAAGUAACAAAAGUUGAAAAUUAAAAGAACAAUUCUUUAUUUGAUACAUUUCAGGUAUUUUAAGUGUCCUUAAAGCACAAAAAAUAACUGUGAUACAUUCAAAUAUUAAUAUAUCAAAAUUAAUUUAUAGUAACUAUUGUGUUGAUUAACACCUCACGCUUAUCUUAAACUAUAAACGAGGGUCUUCUGUGUUCAACUGAUUUUCUAGCAUAUAUAACAGUUUACGAAUACCGUACUGAAAAUAUUAUAAGCGAGUUACACGAAACGAAAUGUAUUAUUAUUAGUAAGUAUAAAAACUAAAAUUUUUCAUAAAGUGUCAUUAUGCAAGAUUAACGAAAAAUACAAAAGAUUUGUUCUAUCCAGAA